AUGCCCUCAUACCCCAUAAAUCGUCAGGACGAAAGGAAUGUCCAGGUCGUCUUGUCUCCGGUCACUCCUGCGGUCACCGGAAUCGAUUACCCUUCCACCGAUGAUAUUUCCACAGACUAUGACACCUCGUACCACCCAGCGCGAGCUUUAGGCCGAGGGUUCUACACACACCCAAAUAUCGGCGGGUCUACGAUCGAGGAUGUUGAACCCCCAGCUGAUGCUCAAUCCCUUGAUCUAGUCUGGGGCAGCAUUCGGCAGAAGAAAGAACAGAAGAUGGCGAAAGAGGCGCCCAAGGUGCGGUCACUCCAUCCAAACACUUUCGCUGCGGAGCCCGCGCCUAUGCAAAUUCCUGCCAUGGAGUCACCUCCUACUUCGGCCCCCAAAUCCAUCAAGAAGCAGAAGUCAAUAUCGAACUUUCGCGAGUCGACGGAUGGUCGCGCCAUAGUCGCCACAUUUGACAUCCCAAACUCUGUCGACAAGCAGAACAUUCACAUCAGCUUUCAACGCAACAAACUCGUUUUAACCUGGCACGUCAAAGAACUCAUCGACACGGAAGACGACGAUGGGGUGCCCUCCCGCGAAUAUCUUCGGACGAUAUAUAACCGAACACUGCCCUUGCCAGAAGGAACCAGGUUUGAGGAAAUCCAUGCCCAAAUGACCAGCAGGGGGCUUACGCUGAGAUACCCCAACAUGCGUUGUUACAGGGUGGAUGGUCGUUCGCGAUCUGGCGACUCCUGA